AUUAGGAAGUUACAAGGAAGAUGCGCUAUAUAUCAUAUAUAUGCAUGGGAUUGGACCCACUGAAACGCCCUUGUUUGUUUGCAUCUACGUACUUAAGCUAGAAACUCGCGAUUCAUUUUGUUGGUUUGCUUGUCCAAUUUUUACUGCACAGAUAUACCAUAUAUCCCAUAUCCCAUCCCAUUGGUUCACAUUUUUGCAUGCCUUCUCCAUCCAUCUUGAUCAUCAUUUUCUCAUGUAUAUCCAACUCAGCUCCUUGUAUACAUAUAUAUAUAACUGAUAACUAGUGUUCUAUCUGUCUAUUGUUAUAGUAGUAUAUUACGCACAAACAUAAUACAGUAUGGGUGAUUUGGGAGGAACAAGUAGCCUAAGCCCCUUAUGUUUAUGGAUUCUGGUUUUCGUCGGUGUUGCUGUUGUGUGUGUGACUGUAAAUGUAUCAGCUGAUGAGCUCCAACGUCUUGAACACCCUGCUGCUGUCAAUAAAGCAGAUACCAGCUCACUUAGCUUCCUCGUCAUUGGAGACUGGGGAAGGAAAGGAACCUACAACCAAUCUCGAGUUGCUUUUCAGAUGGGAAGAGUUGGUGACAAAUUAAACAUUGACUUUGUGGUAUCAACCGGAGACAAUUUCUAUGAUGAAGGAUUGACCGGUAUACAUGACCCUGCAUUUCAAUAUUCCUUCUCAGAUAUCUACACCGCCAACAGCCUUAAAAAACAAUGGUAUAAUGUCUUGGGCAACCAUGACUACAGGGGAGAUGUUGAAGCUCAAUUAAAUCCAUUCCUUCACAAUAUUGAUCAUAGAUGGUUUUGCCAAAGAUCUUUUAUUCUUCACACUGAAAUCGCAGAGUUUUUCUUUGUGGAUACAACUCCUUUUGUCGACAAGUACUUUUUGAAGCCAAAGGAUCACAAGUAUGAUUGGAGAGGUGUGCUUCCAAGGGACAAAUAUUUAUCAAACCUCUUAAAGGGUCUGGAAACAGCACUAAGAAAUUCUACUGCCAAGUGGAAGAUUGUUGUGGGACACCAUCCUGUAAGAAGCAUAGGGCACCACGGGGAUACCAAAGAGCUGUUAACACACCUCCUGCCAAUCCUUGAGGCCAACAAUGUUGAUAUGUACUUGAAUGGGCACGACCAUUGCUUGGAACAUAUAAGUUGCACCAGCAGCCAAAUACAGUUCUUAACUAGUGGUGGAGGUUCAAAGGCAUGGAAAGGAGACAUUGAUAAAAAUGGAAAAGAUGGGGUCAAAUUUUACUACGAUGGCCAAGGAUUUAUGUCUGUUGAGUUUGAGCAAAUGAAUGCCAAAGUUGUCUAUUACGAUAUUUUUGGCAACAUUUUGCAUGUUCUGAAUCUAUCCAAGGGGUUACAUUAUGUGAUAUAAGUAAGGUCGUCGAAUCCACAUCAAAGGAGGGUCCUAAUCUAAAUAAGUUGGGGAAAUUUGAUAAAUCGGGUCUUUUAAGAAUGAUAUAUAUGCAUUGAAAAUUUCUAUUCAAUAUCCAAAUAAUGCUUCACCGCUAAUAGUUUAUGCGGACUUUAUACCGUACCAUCGCAGCAUGUCUAUUAGUGCAACUGAGGAGUGAAGACUACGACAUUGGGACAUAUAAUUAUAUGAUGUAGCAUGCGUUCAUUAGAACUUCUUAUAUGUAACUAGCUAUAAAUAAAUUAAUGGUUCUUGAAUUCUUGUUACAA